UUGUCUCUCUGCAAUAUAUAAUUACUACCAUUUCCUCUUCUUCCCUGAAGCAGAACAACUAACAGCUCUCUUCAAGUUAACAUGGCAUCGCCAUUAACACUACCUCAAUUAGAACAAGAAGAAGAAGAAGAAGAAGACGACGAAAAUGAGGAACUCGCCUCCCUUUUCUCCAAAGAAACAGAGUCCCCGCCGCCCCUGUUCUCCGCAGACCCUCCCCUGUUUCUGCUGCCGCGCGCGGCGGCCGUCCGGUGGAUUCUGAGAGUCAGCUCGCAUUACGGGUUCUCGGCGCUGACUCCGGUCCUGGCCGUGAACUACCUCGACCGGUUUCUCUCCGGCGUGAUCUACCAGGAAGACAAGCCCUGGAUGGUUCAGCUCGCCGCCGCCGCGUGCCUCUCCUUGGCCGCAAAAGUCGAAGAAACCCACGUUCCCCUGCUCCUCGACCUCCAAGUGGAAGAUGCAGAGCAUGUGUUUGAGGCAAAGACGGUGCAGAAGAUGGAGAUAAUGGUUCUUUCGUCGCUGGACUGGAAGAUGAAUCCGGUGACCGCCAUUUCGUUCGUCGACGGCUUCGCCGCAAGGCUGGGGCUGAAUCGUCGUCUUCAUCCUCUCCACUGGGAGAUGUUCUAUGCAAGAUGCCUGGCAUCCAUUCUGGGUUUCUUGCCUGAUUCAAGAUUUGUACGUUAUGUGCCGUCGGUGGUGGCCGCAGCGGCCAUGCUGGAGGUGGAGUCCAGCUGCAACGGCGUUGACUAUGGAACCCAACUCCUUUCUCUUCUUCAUGUCACUAAGGAUAAAGUGAACCAGUGCUCCCAGACAAUGAGAGAGGUCGUGGCAGUGUCAAACAGUACUUUCCGCCGCCGUCAUUACAUCGGCUGCUACGGCGGCGACGCCUACCACUGCUGCCCGCAUCAUCCGGGCAGUCCCAUCGGAGUCAUCGAUGCCGCUGCCUUGUGCUGCACCGAGAGCUCGGACGACGAUUGGUGGGGUUCGGACACGGCGCCGGUAACACCGCCGCCGCCCCAUUCCAAGAAAAUUAGAGUUGAGUAAAUUGAAGUAACAGCGAACUCGGUCAUCUCAUGACAUAGAGUUUCACGUAUAUUCGCAUGAAUACUCAUUAUCAAGUAAUUAAGUAUUUAUUUCCGAUUAACGGAGUACUCAUAUUCGAGUUACUGAUUGCUCAUUUUCGAGCAUAAGAGAUUUUAGAGAAUUGAAUAUUCACUUGUUUGAAAAUGAGCACUUGUCGUGAAUAUACGGAAAAUACGGUA